GCGGCAGGGCAGAGUUUGAACCGCAGUGGAUCACAGUGAUAAUAGUUGACACCCAUUUAAAUCUGCCACAGAGAAGGAAGAGAAGCAAACAACUGGAGCGAUGCGUAAAAUCAAACCCUAACCGGACGGGUUGAGCUCCACACUGAGAGUUUGGAGGAUGUGUGGGAGAUGGCCUGAACUUUUCUUUUCCCAGAGUUAACAUCAACCCUGCAGCUCACACAAACACAUUUGGGUUGAUUUCCAGUCCGGACUCACCUGCCUUUUGUUCAGUUUGGUGUUUUUCCUCUCGGGCCGGGGUCGUGGAGGAGAUGAGUGCUCAGGAUGGGACUGUGCCUCGGUACCGAAGUUACAGAGGAGGAGAAGAAGGCGAGGAUCCACAGUGCCAAGAUAGACAGAGACCUGUACGAGUACGCCAAGCGGGAGAUGAAUGUGGUUAAAAUACUGCUACUAGGUGCAGCAGAGAGCGGUAAAAGCACUUUGGUCAAACAGAUGAAGAUCAUUCACAGUCAUGGAUUCACCAAGCAAGAGCUCACCAGCUUCAAGCCUGCAGUGCUGGAUAACCUCCUGACCUCCAUGAAGUUUGUCCUCCAUGGCAUGGGCGUCCUCCGGAUCAACCUGGCGAACACCAGGAACAAGGUCCACGCCCAUUCUGUCCUGUCGUGUGGGCGCUGUUUCGACGAAGAACAGGUGCUGUUUCCUUUCCUUAGCCACGCCCUGUCCUGUCUGUUGGCCGACCAGGGGGUGAGGGCGGCGGCGGCCCGGGGAUACGAGUACGAGCUCAAUGACUCGGCACUGUAUUUCUUUGAGAACCUGACCCGCAUCACGUCUCCAGAUUACGUGCCCACAGAGACAGACGUUCUGCGAGUACGACUGAGGACUACAGGCGUGAUAGAGACCCAGUUCAAAGUCAACCGUCUCAUUUUCAGGAUGUACGACGUUGGAGGCCAGAGAACUGAGCGGAGAAAGUGGAUUAGUUGUUUCGAGGAUGUCAGGGCAGUGCUGUUCGUGGUGGCACUCAGCGGUUACGACAUGACCCUGGUAGAAGACCCUUCUGUGAAUCGUCUUCAGGAGAGCAUGAAGCUCUUCUCCUCCAUCUGCAACAACGUUUUCUUCCGCAGCACAUCCAUGAUUUUAUUCAUGAACAAGAUAGACCUUUUUCAAGACAAGAUUUUACACUCUGGGCGACAUCUGCGUUUAUCCCUGCCACAGUUUAAAGGUGCAGACUGCGAUGUGGACUCGUCAGCCCGCUUCAUCGCCGCCACCUUCGUCUCGCUCAACGCCACUCCCAGCAAACUCAUCUACCACCACUUCACCACGGCAACCGACACCUCCAACAUCCAGGUUGUCUUCCAGGUGGUCAUGGACACGAUAAUCAAAGAGAAUCUGGAGGCCGUGUCGCUACUGUGAUUGCCAGCGGAGGUCUGACACUUCACUGGACAGUCAGUGCUGGAUGUCUCGUUUUAAAAGACACAAAGACACGAAGCUCCAGACAGUUUUCUCUCUGCAGGUGCAGCCUGGGAAAUCUGACCCUCUUCACCACUGUUGCAUUUCAUCCUCUGUGAUGCUUGUGACUUUGGGUUGAGUCCUAAAACAUUGACUUUUGAAACCUUGUGCUGAGAAAUGGGCAUUCAUUUUUUUACUUACAAAAUCAGACCAUGAAUGGUGAAGUUACUUUUAUGAGGACUUGUUAGAUGUGUGUGUGUGUGUGCGUGUGUGUGCGUGUGUGUGGGCGGGCGGGCGCCGGACAGAGAGGGGCGAGAUUUACUGUUUGUCCGUUACUUCCUCUGUGCAGGGUUCACUCAUGCAUACCAUGGUGUGUUUGCCGCUCAUCCAUCACUGUGUCUGUGCACAUCCUGUGCGUCACACCCCCCUAAUGAGGCGGUGAUCACUUUAAAAGCCCCCCAGUUUGUGUUUACUUGUCCUCUCACACUCCAUUCUUUGUAAUCUGUGCCUCCACUCGCUCCCCUGACUCUCGCCAGUCAGCGAUGAUUCUGGGUUUCAUGUCGAUGACUGUGUUCCGUUAUCUGACACACUCACAAACCCUGAUUUUGUCAACCAGGAUGAUGCUUCCUAUAUGUUUGUGUGGCAUUAACUCUGCAGGGGUCUGCCUGUCUUGAAGGCUCCCCUGAGCAACUGACUAUGCUAUCACACACCAGCCUCGCUCUGACUCCAGCAAUAACCAAGAUAUGGUAAUGACUGAUACGCUCUGAUAUAAAUAAUGAAGAUGAAAGAAAGGAAAAGAACACCCAAAGUGCCUUAUGAUGAAGUGGUUUUGCUGUCGUGUAAUUUAAAUGCUUCAUGUGUGUAUGAAAUUAACAAAUAUGUUCCCUGCUCUCGUUUUUUCUCCUUUCAGAAUAAUUAUUUGUAUCUCUUUAACUCUGAUCGGCCGUGCUCUCAGACUUAUAUUUUGUGGUCUGUGCUGUGUAUUGAACUGAAACUGCAAUACAAAAUAAAUGUGAUAGGCUUACGACCUUAUUUUCACAUAUUUCUGUUUUCUUUAAAGACCUUGUAAAUUGAUGGA